UUCCUCCAUUUUAUAGUUUUUCUUUUUUUCUUUCAUCUCAAAUCGGCAGAUAAUUCUAACGCCUUCUUCCGUAAUUUAGUGAUCUCCCAUUGUAUAUCACACUACUCUCCUUGAUCGGUUCCUUUUUCAACAAGUAGAUUUUUUUUUCUUUUGGUUUUAAAAUCGAUAUCUGGAGAAGAGUGACAGAUGGGGAGAUUGUUCUUGGUGAAUUUGGAAGGCAAGUCUUACAGCUGUAGGCACUGCAAGACUAAUCUUGCCCUCUGCGAAGAUGUCGUCUCCAAGUCUUUUCAAUCCCGACAUGGGAAAGCUUACCUCUUCAGGAAGGUAGCGAAUGUGUAUGCUGGGAAGAAGGAAGAUAGGAUGAUGAUGACCGGAAUGCACACCGUGGUUGAUAUUUACUGUGUCAAAUGCGGCUCUUAUGUUGGAUGGAGAUAUGAGGUUGCUUUUGAAAAGAAUCAAAAGUACAAGGAAGGAAAAUCUGUUCUCGAAAGGUACAAGGUUUGGGGUCCGGAUGGGAACAAUUACUAUGUGGCUCAAGAAGUUGAGGCCGGAGAAAGUGAUACUGAUGAUGCUUGAUCUCAAUUCACUAAUUUUUAUCUGAUUUGUACAUUCUCUCCUACUUUUCCAUCUUUCUACAAUUCUUUUCAGUGUUUUUUUUUUUUUUUCAUUUUUUUCAUUUUGUGAACCAUCCAUCUUCCAUUAGGACACCUUCAGAGAUCAAUUGUUUGUGUUGCAACUACUUGUGGAACACAUACAAUUAGAGAUCUCUCAUUAUCUAUCUUGUUUGUCAAAGCUUUAAGCUUGUUUCUAAAGGUUUUUUACUAAAUGAAUAGGACUGUACAUUCCUGUUUAGAAAU